GGCCCGUUCUUUGCGAUCCUCGCGAUGUAUCAACCAUGCAGAAACAUUAACGAGCGCAUGGAGAUGAGAGGAUGUUGGUCGCACGCCUACUAAGUUGCCGUGUUGGGUACCUUUGGGACGACCAACUGGUCACUGGAGGAGGGCUGGUACGCUAACGAGUUUACCGGUCCUUCUUCUACCCUGGCAGAUGAGGGAGUGUCGACCGCUGACGAGUAGUUGAUGCGUUCUGUGCCACUAAUACCUCAUCCCAUCGCGUGCGCGACAGACUAUGACAUCCUUCAACAUCCUCGUCGUCUCCUGCCUCUUCUCGUUUCUCGGUCGCUUAGGACACCCGCACGCAUGCUCAUCGCUUCUGAUCUGUUCAUGAUCUCCAUCUGCGUAUCUCUCUGUGGAUAUCUAUCCUCCACACUACAUUCCUCGCAGGCUAUCAUUCUACCAUCCUAUCCCUCUCCAGCCUACAUCAUUAUUGCUAUUUAUCAUUCCUAUUCCCCGUAUACCCCUUUCUACUUGGUCUUUUUGUAUUUUCUCUUCUCUCUUCCUCUAUUCGUAAAGUUCUCGCCAAUUUGCAUUCUUCUUUGAGGACAGCCUAACAUUAUCACAUCUCUAUGUAACUCAUUUCUCUUCGGGUUCUUUGACUGUCUCCUCCUUUUUGGAUCUUUUAUUCGUGUUUUUGUGACCGUUCUUGCGAAU